CCUCGAACCCGCCGCCGCCGCCGCCGCUAUGGCUGCCAACAUGUACCGCGUCGGAGAUUAUGUCUACUUUGAAAACUCUUCGAGUAACCCAUAUUUGAUAAGGAGAAUAGAAGAACUCAAUAAGACAGCCAAUGGAAACGUAGAAGCAAAAGUGGUGUGUUUCUAUAGACGGAGGGACAUCUCAAGCACAUUAAUUGUUCUGGCUGACAAACAUGCAAGAGAAAUGGAAGAAGAGAUGGAAAACCCAGAAAAGAUUGAUUUACCAGAGAAACAGAAACAUCAACUGCGACACCGAGAACUCUUUCUCUCACGUCAGUUGGAAUCCUUACCAGCCACUCAUAUUAGAGGCAAAUGCAGUGUUACACUCUUAAAUGAGACAGAAUCCCUUAAAUCCUAUCUGGAACGUGAGGACUUCUUUUUUUAUUCACUAGUAUAUGAUCCACAGCAGAAGACUCUUCUAGCCGAUAAAGGAGAAAUCAGAGUUGGAAACAAAUACCAGGCUGAUGUAACAGACUUACUGAAAGAAGGUGAAGAUGAUGGCAGAGACCAAUCAAAACUUGAAACAAAAGUUUGGGAAGCAUUUAAUCCACUAAUAGACAAACAGAUAGAUCAGUUCCUUGUAGUAGCACGCUCUGUGGGUACAUUUGCUCGCGCUCUAGACUGCAGCAGUUCUGUCCGGCAGCCAAGCUUACACAUGAGUGCUGCAGCAGCAUCUAGGGAUAUCACACUGUUCCAUGCCAUGGAUACUUUGCACAAAAACAUCUAUGACAUCUCCAAGGCAAUUUCUGCCCUUGUGCCCCAGGGUGGGCCCGUCUUGUGCAGGGAUGAGAUGGAGGAAUGGUCUGCUUCUGAGGCAAAUCUCUUUGAAGAAGCCCUUGAAAAAUACGGAAAGGAUUUUACUGAUAUUCAGCAAGAUUUUCUUCCAUGGAAGUCCUUAACCAGCAUAAUUGAGUACUACUAUAUGUGGAAAACAACAGAUCGAUAUGUUCAACAGAAAAGGUUGAAAGCUGCAGAAGCAGAAAGCAAGCUAAAGCAAGUAUAUAUUCCUAAUUAUAACAAGCCAAAUCCCAACCAGAUCAAUGUCAAUAAUAUCAAGCCAGGAGUGGUGAAUGGUACAGGAGUCCAGGCACAGAACACGGGAACAGGACGAGCCUGUGAAAGCUGCUAUAUGACGCAAUCUCACCAGUGGUAUUCUUGGGGUCCCCCUAACAUGCAGUGUCGUCUGUGUGCAUCUUGCUGGACAUACUGGAAGAAAUAUGGAGGCUUGAAAAUGCCUACACGGCUGGAUGGAGAACGGCCGGGGCCAAAUCGAAACAAUUUGAGUCCUCACAGUGGACCCUUAAGGAACAAUGGGAGCCCCAAGUUUGGGAUGAAAACGCGACAAGCUUUCUAUCUCCAUACUACAAAGCUGACCAGACUCGCCAGACGAUUAUGCAGGGAUAUCUUGCAUCCGUGGCACGCGGCACGGCACCCUCACAUGCCUAUCAACAGUGGAGCAAUCAAAGCCGAAUGUGCAUCUCGUUUACCAGAAGCUUCAGAAGAUUUGUUGCUUUUAAAACAUGUUGUCAGAAAACCUUUAGAAGCAGUACUUCGGUAUCUAGAAUCUCACCCCUGCUCUCUGAAACCUGAUCCUGCUAAGAGUUUGUCUGGCUCCCUCAACAGUGUGCCUUGUGCUAAGUUUACUCCAGUGAUUAACAAUGGAUCUCCAACGAUCUUGGGGAAAAGAAACUAUGAACAACAAAAUGGGAUGGAUGGCUCCGUGAAGAAGCGCCUUUUGAUGCCAAGCAAGGGUCUGCCCAACCACGGACAAACCAGACAAAUGGGGCCAAGUCGAAACUUGCUACUCAAUGGGAAAUCAUACCAAACAAAAGUCCGGUUAAUCCGUGGUGGAACCAUGUUUCCAGUGAAAAGGAAGAGGAUGAACUGGAUUGACGCUCCCGACGAUGUUUUCUACAUGGCCACUGAGGAAACCAGGAAAAUCCGCAAGUUGCUUUCUUUCUCUGAAGCGAAACAAGCUGCAAGACGGCCUUACAAGCCUAUAGUCCUCUGGCCAGUAACAGGUUUACAUCUACAGCAGCCUGCGAAUGAUGAGCCGAUAAUCAUUGAGGACUAAAACGAACCUGACUAGCCCUUGAAACACUGAUGGGAGUUGCCAGAGAACUUUCCCCAACUCCCACAUAACUCUGCUGUAAGUUCUGUGGCCACAGGAUGGGAAUCCACUGCUGGUGAAUGAGAAGGAACAAAACUACGCCAA